UAUAGUUCUCGGAAGGCGCGGAAAGUUAUACACAUUUUUUGUUUCCCUUUUUCACUGAGAUCUGUCUCUUUCAGAUGGAGAAGGACGAGACUGUGAGCGACUCCUCUCCGCACAUAGCAAAUAUUGGGCGGCUGGUAGAGGACAUGGAGAACAAAAUCAGGAGCACACUCAAUGAAAUUUACUUCGGGAAAACCAAGGACAUAGUCAACGGGCUCAGAUCAAUAGAUGCAAUACCCGACAACGUUAAAUUUAGGCAACUCCAGAGGGAGCUGUCUCAGGUGCUGACACAACGCCAGAUCUACCUGCAGCCAGAUAACUAGUUCAGGUCUGUCCAGACAUUUGCAGACAAAUCGAAACAGGAGGCUUUGAAGAACGACUUAGUGGAGGCUCUGAAGAGAAAGCAGCAAAGUUAAAUGUUAUCCCGUCCCCCUCCCUUUUCAUUUCUAAUAAUGUCUCCCCCGGUCCCCAUCAGUCAGGAACCCCACCCAAAUUCUGUUUUCUUUCUUUUUUGCCCCCUCCCCGUCUGUUUGUCGCCCCCGUCUCUGUCUGCAUCACUUACAUAGCCAUUCAGCACAGUCUGCUCCUGUCAAAUAAAGCUGUAUGAACCCGU